AUGGGGUGGCACUUCCGCACUGCUCUUCUUCUCCUCGCAAAUGCCUUCAUUCUCGUAUCAGCUAUUGUAUUCGCCGCAGGGCUUUUUCGACCCAUACCACCCUCAUCAAGUAGUGCAGCUUUGGUAGAUGAUGGACCGAUAUCCGAAGUCGCACCUUUCCAGAAAGUGGUCUUCUUGAUAGUCGAUGCACUGCGAAGUGAUUUUGUCUACGGCCUUGAUUCAAACUUUGAAUUUACACAGAAUUUGAUCCGCCUGGGUGCCGCCAUGCCAUUCACGGUGAAAACUAGCUCGCCUAGUCUGACAAGAUCUUGUGUUAUGGCUAUGACGAUUGGCUCAGCCUCCAGCUUUCUCGAUGUCUUUAAUAAUGCGGAUGAUGGCCCUGGUAGACCUGACAAGAGGGACACAUGGCUGGCACGUCUUAAAGCUGCGGGGAAGGGCAAAUUACUCUUUUACGGUGAUGAUACGUGGGCGCAACUGUUUCCUGAUCUCUGGGAUCGGGGCCAUUUCCACUCAGCACUGUUUGUUCCAGACCUUCACUCCAUUGAUAUAAAUAUCACAACCUCUGCCUUGGAUGAACUUCAUCGUGAUGACUGGAGCGCCAUGGUCCUUCAUCUUCCUGGGAUCGAUCAUAUUGGGCACAUGGGCGGUGCUGGCAGCCACCUCAUGGCGUCUAAGCAAAAGCAAAUGGAUAAUAUUGUUCAGAAGAUAUAUACACGCCUGGAACAAGAGGUCCAUCUAAGCUCAACCCUCCUUAUAGUUGGUGGUGAUCACGGCAUGGAUCAGCUAGGAGGCCAUGGUGGCGGGUCUGAUCCAGAAAUAUCGGCCGCAAUGAUGUUCAUAUCACCGCACUUGCAGUCCAUCAAUCAAGGCUACGAAUCUCCUACAACACCUAGUGGGGGUAUGUUUGACUACUAUACUAGUAUCAAACAAGUUGAUCUUGUACCUACUAUUGCGGGGCUUCUGGGGAUUCCCAUACCUAAUGACAGUAUUGGGAUGUUCAUUCCAGGGCUUCUGCCUAUUUGGAAGAAUAUGGUGGAUCGGGUUCAGUUAAUCAUUGGCAAUAUUAAGCAUCUCCGGGCUUUACUUUGCAAAAACGACUGUAUCACCAAUAUGUCUGACAUGGUUGGCAAUCGCAUCCAGAAAGUCAUGGAGACCGCCACAAUAGGAAUCAUUCGAGUCUCCCUUCUUCUUUGCGGCAUUAUUACUGCAUUUAUUGCGCUUUUGCUCUCUUGCUAUGCUUGUGACUCAUUUAGUUGGUUUAACUGGAACUUCUUCACGUUCAAUCUAUUCUACACUGUCUAUGGGCUCUCAAUGAUGUCCCAGUAUAUUGUGGAGAGUGAGCAUCACUUCUGGUUCUGCAGUUCUACCCUGUGGAUAGGCUACCUAGUAUUCAUCGCCGGUCGACACUCUCGCACACAUAGUUUUUCUUGGGUACAUGGUCACAAAGCAAAGCUUGGAGACGUAUACGAUGUUCGAGGUUUUCUCAGCAGGCAUCCUUGUGAUCUUCAGGCCUUGCUUGCAGCCACUUUCCUUGCGACAUCAGUCAAAUUCACUAUGCAACUUACGAAGGUAUUAAACUCGUCUUCGAUAGAGAUUCUCUGUACUGCGCUAGCUCAUGGGGCAAUGACGCUUGCUGCCUUGACUUUCGAGCUAGCUUCUGCGAUUAGAAACGCCCCGGACCAGAUGAAUUGCACGCCGAGGUGGCUGCAAAGCUUUCUUGAGCGGCUAGAACCCCCUUUAGUGGCCCGGUUUGCUUUUCUCUGCUUACUUGGCGGGUUCAUCUACCUUCCUUUGCGUCUCAGGGCCAAGAAACAAGUGACGAUGAAGAAAGAAAUUCUGAAUGUCUAUUUAAUCAUCCAAUCCACCCCGGUAAAUAUACCAUUGUUUCUCGUCUACAGGUUGCAACUCGAGUCACUUUUGGCAAUCCCAACAAGUCUCAGUGCAUUUCAGAUUUGUAUAUCUGUAGUCCUGUUCGGUCAAAGCGCAUUUUUUGCCAUUGGAAAUUCCAACUCCAUUGCUACGCUUAAAUAUACAGACGGGUUCAACGGCCUUAACGCCCACCACUGGCUCCUUAGUCCCGUGCAUACUUUCUGCAGCAACUACGCGGGUCCGAUUUGGUGGAGUUGCAACGGCUUGAGACUACUUGGCACCAGAAUGACGACUGUCAAAGAUCACAUGGGGCUUCGGAGUGCCUUUGUAGCUUAUGGGCUUCUUUGCUCGAUGAUAGCAUGCUUCUUGCUUCGGGAUGGGACGUUUAUUUGGACGGUAAUGGCGCCUAAGUUUACAUACACCCUGCUGUGGACUAUCCCUUUUCAUCUUUUGUUUAAUAUGGGCCUUCCAAUUGUAGUGUGGAUGGCGGCGUCGUGA